GAGGAGAAGCUGAGAAAAACACCAGACAGUGGAGGAGAGAGAGUGAGAGAGAGCAAGCAACUUUCUAGAGAGAGAGAGAGACAGAGAGAGAGAGAAAGAGAGAAUUUCGGAUUUUGAAGCUUCGUUCUCCGAGUUGUCGAGCCGAGUCAUGGCCGAGUCGAGCGACUCAGUGUCCGUCGACGUCGACGCCGUACCUUUCGAGGGGAAGGAGCAUGCGGUGAAGACGAGCAAAGGAUCGGUCUCCGUGUUCGUGUGUGGCGAUCAGGAGAAGCCUGCUCUGAUAACGUACCCCGACGUCGCUCUUAACUAUGCAUCGUGUUUCCAAGGUCUGUUCUGUUGCCCGGAUGCUGCUUCUCUGCUGUUGCAUAACUUCUGCAUUUACCACAUCGAUGCUCCUGGGCAUGAGAGUCUCUGUCGGCCAUUGCCAUUGGAUGAAGAGGUAUUGCAGUUGGGUGCUGAUGUGAUUUCUUCGGACAUUCCAAUUCUCAGUGUCGACGACCUCGCAGACCAGGUCGUUGAAGUGCUUGACUUCUUUGGGCUGAAGGAAGUUCUGUGCUUAGGUGUAACGGCCGGUGCUUACAUCCUGACUCUUUUUGCGGUCAAGUAUAAAGAGAGGGUUCUUGGUCUGAUUCUUGUUUCGCCAAUUUGCAAGGCACCUUCGUGGACUGAAUGGCUUUAUAACAAGGUAUUGCUGAACCUCUUGUACUUCUAUGGCAUGUGUGGUUUAUUGAAGGAGUUUCUUCUUCAGCGGUACUUUAGUAAGGAAAUUCGCUGCAGCAUGCACGGUUCAGAAUCUGAUGUAGUUCAAACAUGUCGGAAGUUGCUGGAUGAAAGACAAAGUUUGAAUGUCAUGCGCUUUCUUGAGGCCAUGAAUAGGAGGCAUGAUCUAACAGACAGCCUGAAGAAUUUGCACUGCAAGACGCUCAUCUUUGUGGGUCAGAGCAGUCCAUUCCAUGCUGAAUCAAUGUACAUGAGUGCCAAAAUGGACAGGAAAGUCUGUGCUCUUGUUGAGGUUCAGGCUUGUGGUUCCUUGGUGACAGAAGAGCAUCCAUAUGCAAUGUUGAUCCCGAUCGAGGUCUUUCUUAUGGGACUCGGCCACUAUAGACCACCACAUUUUGUAUGUUCUCUGAAGAAUGAAUCAAGUCCCACUAGCCCCUCAAGCCGUUCUUGCAUAGUGCCGGAGCUUUUGUCACCUGAGAGUCUGGGGAUAAAGCUCAAGCCGAUCAAGACGCGUGUAGCUAGCGAGGUCUGAUGGAAAGGAAGAAAGGAAAAGGAAGACGAUGCCAUUGAAGCAUUGCUCGGAGUGGCUCACACGUGCCAGAAUUGGCAGUUCACAGGAAGAUUGUAGCUUAGCUUUCUAGCUAUUUGUUGCCGCAUCUCUCGGUGCUUACGUACCUCGGGGGAUGAUUAUUCUUUCAUUUUGUCCAUACUCGGUGAAAAAUUGUUACAACCAUUCUUCAACAUCCCAUGUAUAUAUAGAAAUAGCUGUAUUUGUAGCACGCCAACAUUCUUUUAGGAGUUGAAUUUGUGUACUGACAGUGACAGACAAACCUCUUGUACACUUCCACGUUUAAGGAUCAUUGUUUAUGCAGUA